CCCUCGUUUCUCACUAGUUCUCUCUUUUUCUUCAUAUUUCGUUCUCUCUCUCUUUCUCUGUUUCACUUCUCUUUCUUCUUCUUGUCUCAAUUUCACUCACUUGGUUCUUCAGUUUCGGCUUCGGCUUCAGCUUCUGCUUCUGAUUUUUGUUUAGCACUUUCUUUCAGCAAAAGUUAUAAUUGUCUGGGCGACUGGAAAGUUUCAGGGUGUUUUGGGUACUGUAGCAGUGAAUUGUCUUAUUCAUUGAUUUGAGGAUUAAGAUAAAGAUAGAUUGUGAUUAGAGGAAUCAACGCUUGAGAAAUUUAUGACUAGUUUGUUUAGUCAUGAUCUCAGCAAGGAAGGUAGAGAGAAAGGCUUUGUAGCAUUUGGAGCUUUAGAAGGGAAAAGCCAAGAAAAUUUUUGUUUUCUGGGAGAAGAAGAUCUUGUAUGGUAGGUGGAUUGGUGGUCUCUGCUGCUAUGGCUGUUCAGGAUCAGUGCGGAGGAAAUCGAUCAAAUACAGUUCUUCCAGCAGGCAAUGGAAUGUCAUUGAAUGCUGGCCUGCAUAAUGUAACUGGUCCCCAGCUUAAGGAGCAAUUUAGUUGUGGGAGUGACUACUCUCCCAAGGCGCGGAAACCAUAUACUAUUACAAAACAAAGAGAAAGAUGGACAGAAGAAGAGCAUAAGAAGUUCCUUGAAGCUUUGAAACUUUAUGGUCGAGCUUGGAGACGGAUUGAAGAGCAUGUAGGCACCAAGACUGCAGUUCAGAUUCGAAGCCAUGCUCAGAAGUUUUUCUCUAAGGUUGUGCGUGAAGGCAGUGGCAGCAGUACAAGUGCAGUGGAACCAAUCGAAAUUCCCCCUCCCCGGCCAAAACGGAAACCAAUGCAUCCCUACCCUCGCAAAAUGGCGCAUCCGCUUAAUAAAGAACUAUCAAUUACAGAGCAGCCGCUGAGGUCUUCAUCACCGAACUUUUCAAUUUCAGAACAAGAAAACCAAUCUCCAACAUCAGUAUUAUCUGCAGUUGGUUCAGAUGUACUUGGUUCCACUGAUUCAAAUCCACCAAACUGUAGCUCGUCACCCAUGUCAUGUGCUGGUGGUUCUCAUCUUGAUGACUUUCAAAUUUGUGAACCCAACUCGGCACCUGAAAAUAAUGAAUCCCCAUCACCUGCCCCAGCAACAGCUGAAGCUCACGACGAGCAAUCUCUAAAGGUGCAAAAACUCGAAUUGUUUCCUGAAGAAAAUGCCUUCGCCGAAGAGGGUGUAGGCGAGGAAACAUCAACUAGGAGUCUCAAGCUCUUUGGAAAGACUGUAUUAGUCAAUGAAUGCAACAGACCAUCAUCUCCAGCUAAUGGAAGUCCUACAUUAGACACAAAUGAUGAAAAACCUGUGCAACCACUGCCAUGGAAACCCAUGGCCAUAGAACUACAACUUGGUAAUGGGGAAUGCAAUUGGAGUAAUUUGCCACAAGGACCACCUGGAUCCCUUUGUUACUUGCAACUCCAAAAGGAAAACUCCAAUUCAGGGGAAGUUGGUUCUGCCACUCCAUUUCCAUGGUGGGCUUUCUAUGGAGGCAUGCCAUAUCCUUUCAUACCAUGUCAUAAGCAGGAACCUGCGACGGAAGAACAUUUGGAUUCCAGUGGAGAAGAUAUCCAAUACAAGGAAAUUCAGAAGGAAGGUUCUUGGACUGGUUCAAACUCUGGAUCAGUAAAUGAGGGAGAAAAUGCAGAUAAAAACAUGGAUGGUGAAACCGAAAGUCGGCACUUUUCAUGUGAGGUAAAAGAGCUAUAUCCAGUUCUUGAGCUGAAAACAAGUGUAAAAACAGCUUCUACAAAUAAGUGUAUGAAAGGUUUCGUACCGUAUAAGAAACGGACAGCAGUGGAAAGAGACAGCCAGUCCUCAUCAAUAACAGGAGAAGAGAGGGAAGAACGAAAAAUCCGCCUAUGUUUGUAGUAGGAGGUGCCAUUGAACAUUUGCCGAGUAUCUUCCAUUAGAACAGUAACUAGCUGAGAAACUGAUUUGGGAAACAGUUUAAUUCUUCAACUGUGACAAUUUCAGUUGCUGGAUUGACUCAAAAAAAGAGAGAGAUAAAAGAGAAUGGAGCUUUAAACAAGUGGAUAUUCUGCAACCUUGAUGAGUUCUCAAUCUAGUUAAUUAUUUAGUUCUUUUUUUUUUUUCUUUUUGGUUCUUUUUACUUGCAACCGUCUAGAUCUUUUAAUUACACUUUUUUUUUUUUUUGUAUGCAUCAUAUCUUUCUUCACCAUUUUUCUUGUUCUGAAGUUUUGCUUUGUAUCCCCUAAUAUUCUUUUUUUGCUUCUUUGAACUGUGAAUCCUUUAGUUCUUAGUCUUCUUUCUUCCCCCUCUUCUUGGCCUAUGUACAUUAUCUGAAAGUAGUGCUUAUUGUAAUCCUGUGUACUAUUAGAAUGGCAAACUUCAACUGCAUUCAUUCUCCUCUUCUA